ACUCAUCUCUCGACGCUGAGGUACAUUGAUCCGGCCUUAGUCAGCCGGUAGUCAGCCGGUAACUAGUUCACUUCUUUUCAGAAGCUCUCCGUCUUCAAUUUCCGUCGAGGAGGCCUUGAUGCGUGUCUCGGGCCAUCAAGAUCGACGGAUGCCAACCUCGCAUCAAACCUUCUCUGACAAGUGUCUGUGGGAUGAAUUAAGGACGGAUGCUUCAUGGCUAGUUUACACCGAAAGGAAUAGCCAUGGAGACGCCCACGGAGGCGAAGUUCGAAAUGACAGCUCAUCGUCCAGACGGAAAUCUGCAGCAAUGGCGCCGGCGGAUCAACAACAGCGCUCUGACAAAGGCGGGGGAGGCGGGGAAGCUCUCGGUGAGCAGAGCAAGCAGGUAAUGAGCCAGCAAGUAUCUCACGGGCUUAUUCUGGCUGGUCGGCUGGUUGGUCCUUUGGUCCAGAUCGACAGAUGGCGGGAAUACCUAGCGAACAGUCGAGAAGUCAUCCUUCCAGGUCCGAGAGCGCUGCUUGCUUGCCUGCGCCGUCCUCAACAGGCAAGGACGAUACAGUUAUCGCAACGCUACGCUGCAUGUCACCAUUCUAGUGUCCAGCCAUCCAGGCUGCUAGUCAUGCGAACUCAACCCCCGCCUUUUCCCAAGGUUCUCGUCAAAGUUAACCAAACCACCGCUGCCGAGGCCGCCAAGAAAAAAGAUGUUUUCCUUGUCACUCGCAUUGCCAGACUUUGAAUUCAUCUGGCGAGCUCGACCUUCAAAGUGUAAAGCAGGACGUGGGAAAGUAAAGUGGCCGGCUCAGGGGUCUGUCCCAAGAAGGGCAAUCCGGACAAGACAAGUCACUCCGGACCCGAAGCUCCAUUGCGCCCGGAUCGAAGCCGACCACCCGAUCUCUCUACUUCGAGGCUCGACCACUUCACACACGUUUGCAGGAAGACGGUGACUUUUUUUUCCAUCUCAUCACCCCUCUACGCCUCCUGAACCGUCCAAUGUCUGUUCAAGGCACCAAAGCUACGUCAGGCGAAAAAAAUGCAAUAAGCAGAGUGAAAAUUCUGGCUCCUGCGCGAGGAAUAGUCUUU